UAAACAUAGCCACUCCAAACCUGAAGAUAUCUUUUCUACAGUUAAAGACCAGACUUUCCUAACCAGCGUCGUGUGAGAGAAGAAUUUUGGCUUCUACACUUUCCUCUGCUUGGGCCUCUCAGGGAGACUAAAAAUCUUAGCUCUCCUCCUCAUGAGCAAACGCCGCCUUAAGAUGCAGUGAGAAUCAUGUUCCUCAUGCUGCCACAUAUUGUGACAUCUUAAAGCCUUCAACCUGGAAGCAGCGAGAGGACGUUCAAGAAGGGUGUGACCUCUGAACCCCUGAAGACCAGCUACCCUCCCCUAACCUGAGGACACACUGUGAUCCAUGGCUCUAGAGAGUCUUCUGCACGCUGCUUCCAGUUUCGGGAAGCAGCUGGUGAGGGUGAAGGUGAUAAACUCAAACUCAGAGGACUCCCGUCUGUCCCGAUGCCUCAACACCUUUGACCUGGUUGCCCUUGGUGUGGGCAGCACAUUGGGUGCUGGUGUAUAUGUGCUUGCUGGUGCUGUUGCAAGAGAGAGUUCUGGUCCUGCUAUUGUGCUGUCUUUCUUGAUAGCAGCCGUAGCCUCAAUGUUAGCCGGGUUUUGCUAUGCUGAGUUUGGAGCCCGUGUCCCCAAGACGGGUUCGGCUUAUCUUUACUCCUAUGUGACUGUAGGGGAGCUGUGGGCCUUCAUCACUGGAUGGAAUCUCAUCCUCUCCUACGUCAUUGGUACGUCCAGUGUGGCCCGUGCAUGGAGCGCCACCUUUGAUGAGUUGAUAGGGAACCCCAUAGGGCAGUUCUGCAGGGAGUACAUACCCAUGAAUGCACCGGACGUACUGGCAGAGUAUCCUGACAUAUUUGGUGCUUUAAUAAUAAUCAUUCUUACAAGUCUGCUGGCAUUUGGGGUCAAAGAAUCAGCAAUAGUGAACAAGGUUUUUACUUGCAUCAAUAUACUAGUCUUGCUGUUCAUGGUGAUCUCUGGCUUCGUCAAAGGCACUAUUAAAAACUGGCAGCUAGACCCUCAAGAGAUCCUACAUGCAAAUUAUACAACAAACAGCAGCAAUCUGACAGACAUCCUGCCGAGCGCAGAGAGUUUAGGAGUCGGCGGCUUCAUGCCAUUUGGAUUCGCAGGCGUCCUGUCAGGAGCUGCUACCUGUUUCUAUGGUUUUGUAGGAUUUGACUGCAUUGCUACCACAGGUGAAGAGGUGAAGAACCCCCAGAGAGCCAUUCCUUUUGGCAUCGUGUCCUCAUUGCUCAUCUGCUUUGUGACGUACUUCAGCGUUUCUGCUGCUCUCACCCUGAUGAUGCCAUAUUACCUGCUGGACAGCAACAGCCCUCUGCCCACAGCUUUUAAUUAUGUGGGCUGGGGCGGAGCCAAAUACGCUGUAGCUGUAGGCUCUCUUUGUGCUCUGUCUACAAGUCUGUUGGGUUCCAUGUUCCCCCUACCUCGUAUCAUCUAUGCCAUGGCGCGGGAUGGCCUGCUCUUCUCCUUCUUGGCCCACAUCAGCGAGAGAAAAUCCCCCGUAACGUCUACUGUUGCUGCAGGGGUUACAUCGGUCUUCAUGACAUUAAUGUUCGAGCUGAAGGACCUUGUGGACCUGAUGUCAAUAGGGACGCUGCUGGCCUACACGUUAGUGGCUGCCUGCGUCCUCUUGCUCAGGUACCAGCCCAGUGUGGCGUAUCAGCUGGCCAGUACCCAGGAGGAGAUGGAGAUGAAUGAGGGCACCAUCUUGCCUGGUGUGGAAGAGAGGCUCAGCUUCAAAACCUUGCUGUUCCCAGACAACCCUGAGCCAUCCAAACUGUCAGGCUUCACUGUCAACAUCUGUGUCUUCCUCCUUGGAAUGCUGAUUUUGGCAUUCAGCAUUCUGGCAGUCUAUGGAGAUGCUGCUGUUUGGAACCACGUAGCCCUCAUUGUCAUCUUCAUGACGUGUCUUCUCCUAGUCUUUAUCAUCUGGAGACAGCCUGAGAACAAAACUAAACUCUUCUUCAAGGUGCCAAUGGUGCCCUUCAUUCCAGUGAUCAGCAUGUUUGCCAAUGUCUACCUGAUGAUGCAGCUGGAAGGACGCACCUGGACAAAAUUCUCAAUAUGGAUGGCCAUAGGUUUUGCGAUCUACUUUCUCUACGGUAUCCGUCACAGCACCCUGGCAGCUGCAUCGCGCUCGUCUUCGGACACAGAGAUGAAUGGCUUAGGGCUGAACCACAAAUCAGAAUCAGCAUCACCAGAAAAGGAAGCCUUUCUCUCUGAUGGCAUUGAUGUAAAGGAAGAGAACGAUGGAGAUUUGUAAGACGCAUCAGAUCAUGCUGCUUCCAGGACACACAGUCACAACAGCCAGCAGUCAGUCUGUGUCAACUCCCAGUCCUUCACUGGGAGUACUUUCUUGUGGGGGAAGGUAAAGAUAAAUACCUCAUAAAAUUCAAAAACCUCUGACUUUCCUCUUCAGCUGCCGGGAGAACACAGACAACUGAUGGGAAUACUCAAAAACAGACUUCUAAAGCCAUAAGUGACAUGCUCUGUCUUUUGCAGUAAGGUUCAGAUUUAGAUCAGGAAGAAGGGCUUAUGUUGAAGAUAUGGAAUAUACCAGUGCAUCAAUGAAGAUUUCUCUUCAUAUUGGGUUGUACUUUUUAGAAUUUCCCUCUGCGAUUGUUAUUCUUAUUCUUAGUCACUUUUACAACCUGUGUCUAAGCCACGUUUCUGGCAGUAGGAAUACAUACAAAAGCUGACCUAUGGGUGCCAAAAAGGUUUGCAGUGAUGGAUUUUUUAUUUUUUUUUUGUCUGUUGUAGUUAAAGUAUAUGUAUAUAUUAGGUCUGAGUUUUUUGGACAAUGACACAUUUUUUUUUAAUUUUGCCUCUGAACUCCACCAGUGUGUUUCCUCUCUUGAAAUACUCUGCCAGGACUUUACUGCGGCCACCUUCAGUUCUGCUUGUUUGUGGGUCUCUUUGCCUUCAGUUUUGUCUUCAGUAACUGAAAAGCGUGCUAUGUUGGGGUGAGAUCAGGUGACUGAAUUGUCCAUUGAGAAACUCUUGGGUUUCUUUCGCAGUGUGCUCCUGUGAGGCACUGUCCAUUGUGCAGAAUUUGGCUGAGUCUGUGCAGAGAGUAUCGCCUUGUACGCUUCACAGCUCAUUCCGCUCAUCCUGUAUUUCUUUUCAUGAAGGCAUUUCUUCUCUGAUGUCGCUCUGAUUCUCUUUGAUCGGUUUAUUUUGGUUUCUCAGCUGAUUUUUGAUUUAAAAUCCACUCUGGUGGCGUACAGAGUUUAAAUUACAAAAAAAUGUGUCAUUGUCCAAAUACUUGUGGACCUAAGGGUGUCUGGAUAAGUUUUAUCAUCAGAUAACACAUAUCAGUAUUAAAUACCAACACACUAAAUUGCCAAAAGUAUUCUCUCAUCCAUGCAAAUUAGUGCAUUCAGGUGUUCCCAUCACUUCCAUGGCUGCAGGUGUAUAAACCAAGCACCUAGGCAUGCAGACUGCUUCUACAAACAUUUAUGAAAGAAUGGGUCGCUCUCAGGAGCUCAGAGAAUUCAAGCAUAGUACCGUGAUAGGAUGCUACCUAUGAAACAAUUCCAGUCAUGUAAUGUCCUCGCUACUAAAUAUUCCACAGUCAACUAUUAGUGGUAUUAUAACAAAGUGGGAGUGAUUGGAAAUGACAGCAACUCAGCCAUGAAGUGGUAGGCCAAAUCACAGAGCGGGGUCAGUGGAUGCUGAGGCGCAUAGUGCACAGUGGUCACCAACUUUCUGCAGAGUCAAUUGCUACAAACCUCCAAACUUCAUGUGGCCUUCAAAUUAGCUCAAGAACAGUGUGUAGAGACCUUCAUGGAAUGGAUUUCCAAACUCAAACAGCUUCAUCCAAGCCUUACAUCACCAAGCGCAAUGCAAAGUGGAUGCAGUGGUUUAAAGCCUGCCGCCACUGGACUCUAGAGCAGUGGAGACAUGUUCUCUGGAGUGACAAAUCACACUUCUGUGUCUGGCAAUCUGAUGGAUGAGUUUGUGCCUGUCUGACUGCAUUGUGCCAAGUUUAAAGUUUGGUGGAGUGGGAUUAUGGUGUGGGGUUGUUUUUCAGGAGUUGAGCUCGGCUCCUUGGUUCCAGAGAAAUGAACUCUUAAUGCUUCAGCAUACCAAGACAUUUUGGACAAUUUGAUGCCCCCAACUUUGUGGGAACAGUUUGGGGAUGGCCCCUUCCUGUUCCAACAUGACUGCACACCAGUGCACAAAG